ACUUUAUGACAAGACAGAAAUGCGUCUUUGCAGUUGAUUCGCGAGUUCCAUAGUGACUAGUCGCUUGAAGUAAAUUGGUGGAAAGAGAGACGAGUAAAAAAACAUACUUUUGACUAGUUGAGUGAAAUGUUCUUAUACUUAGAUUCAAGAUAAUCAAUUCGGAUAAUAAUCGGAAAUAAUUAUUUCAAUUAAAGGAAUUAAAAAUUAGAAAGCAACACGAAAUUAUUAUUUUUCUAUCAAAAUUAUACAUAUAAACUAUUAGGAAAUGAGAAUAUAUCAAGCAAAUUAAUCAGUGUUUUCAUUUGUCAUUCAUGAGCAUUACGAUAAAGAAGCCUAAUCGCAUAACAGUUUUUCUUGGUUCUUCCAAAUAUAUAAAAGUAAUACCGGAACUUUAUUUACAUCCGUCAUCGCUAUGGCUGCAAUUAUACAAGAAAUCAUGGAUAGAUAUAAAUAUAUUAACGAAAAUCUGGCAGAUCCACGUACCAAAGAUUACUUAAUGAUAGGCACGCCAUGGCCUUGCUUAGCUCUGCUUGGAUUUUAUAUAUAUUUUAUUUAUAAUCUUGGACCGAGACUUAUGGAGAGGAGACAACCUUUCAAACUGAAUAGGAUAUUGCAAAUAUAUAAUCUUUCACAAAUUUUAAUAAACGCAUAUAUAUUUUAUAGAGCAUUAGAAUUGGCGUGGUUUCGUGACUACAGUUAUUUUUGUCAGCCUAUUGAUUAUUCAUACACACCAAAGGCCAUAGAGAUCACAAGAACAAUGUGGCUGUAUUUCCUGGUUAAAAUAUUGGAUUUGUUGGAGACAUUUUUUUUCGUACUCAGGAAGAAACAGAAUCAAAUCAGCUUUCUUCAUGUAUAUCAUCAUGUGGGUAUGGUAAUGGGUACUUGGGGUGCUACAAAAUAUCUUCCUGGCGGUCAUGUUACUUUCUUAGGAUUGGUCAAUACAUUUGUACAUGCAAUAAUGUACACCCAUUAUCUACUAUCGUCUAUGAAAAUAGAUACAAGCUCGUUUAAGAAAUACAUCACUCAAUUGCAAUUGGUUCAAUUUUUCCUGAUCAUUUUACACUACGCACAAUUAGCCUGGGUGGAAGAUUGCGGGUUCCCGUUUUGGCCAGCAUACAUUAUGAUACCACAGAAUUUCUUCAUGAUUAUAUUAUUUGGAGAAUUUUAUUAUAAAACGUAUAUUAAAAAACAGCCAGCUGUUAGAGUGGUAUCGAAUAAGACGGAAACAAAUGGCACAAUUCCCGUUGAAGUCUCGAAAGAAAAAUCAAAAGAUCAAUGAAUUCGAAAUGUAUUGUUUAGUAUUUUUCUCCCUUUCUUUCUCUUUCUCUUUAGAUAUAUAUUUUUUUUAUUUUUAGCACUAAUAUUAAUGUGCUUCUUAGAAUUUAAACAGUUUUUCAUUGAACAUAUCCUAUUAUUACUCUUAAUUCUUUAUUGUGAUAAACUGAUUAUUAAUGAUUGUUAGAGGCAAUUAUUUCAACAUAUCUAAAAAAAUACAUCGUAAAGUGUAGUCUUUUGAUAUCCGAAAUUACAGAAUUUUUUCUAUAAAAUUAGCUACGUUUAUGAGUUAUAUAAUGUAACAAUCAGUUAAUCAAUUUCUCUUUAUAUAUUUAAUCUCUUGCUCUAAUAUUAAAUUUUCUAAUUAAUGUCUGAAAUAAUAUAAGCAAUAAGAAUGUGCACAUACAGUUAUAAAAACUUUAUUAUUAUUCUUUUGCCAUAAAAAUAUGCACCUCACGUUUUAUUUAAGGCCAUUCUUCAAUCACACUUAUGUACUUUGCAUUUGUUCAACUAUUUCUGUAUAAUAAGAACGAUACGUUUGAUGUAAUACUUACUCUUUCUCUAUACUUGAAAUAACGCUAAAGUUUUAAGUUCAAAAUAACAGAAUAUCACUGUAAAUUUUUAAAAUAAUUUUUAUUUUAGAAAAUUAAAUUCAGGUUUUAAGUGACUUAAGAUAACAAUUACAAUAUCGGAAAUAUUCUUUUGAAAAAAACUUUAAUAUUGAUGUAAUUGAAACACUGUUAUUAUCAGCGAUAUCAUUUAUACACAUAAUCACUAUA